AGCCGAGGUUAUUUCAAGCACAGUCAACGAUGUUGUCAACAAAAGGUUACUUCCUGUUUUUUCUUUACGUAUCAGUAAGUCAUGCCCAAAUUGUUACCACAAAAGAGGCAUCUAGUUGUGAAUGUGUGCCUUUCUAUCUUUGCAAAAAUGGUAAAAUUAACACCAACGGCAAAGGACUAAUUGAUUUAAGAAUGUUGGAAGGUGAAGACUCUUGUUACAGUAACAUUGACUAUUGUUGCGACAAAUCGCAAAUAACACAGUCAAGGUUAGUGAAAAAUCUCGAGCCAGUGAAAAACGUCGGUUGCGGCUAUCGCAACAUUGAGAUAGCGGAGACUGCAAGUAACCAGUCUCAAUUUGGCGAAUUCCCGUGGAUGGUUGCAGUGUUUCACAAAAGUGAAGGCGGUUCUAAACACUUUUACAAAUGUGGAGGCUCUUUAAUCCACCCUGCAGUCGUCCUGACUGCAGCACAUUGCGUUACUGCGGCUGGAAGUUACAAAAUCAGGGCCGGUGAGUGGGACAGUCAAUCGACCCAAGAACUGUACCAACACCAAGACCGAGACGUAGUCCGGAAGGUGGUUCACGAAAACUACGACAGACGCAAUCUCCAAUACGACAUCGCCUUGCUUUUCCUAAAUUUAAGAGUGGACUUAGCUUCACAUAUCAAUGUUGUUUGUUUACCGCCGCCAGGCACUGAGACCACUUCCGGCAGUUGUUUUGUGAGCGGUUGGGGGCAGAAAGAAUUCGAUAAAAACGAAACCGAACACAUUUUGAAAAAGGUUAAAGUGUCACCAAUGCCCAAGCUUGAGUGUCAUAGGAGGUUCAGGAAAACGAGGUUAAAGGCAUCACGGUUUCACCUCCACCAGAGCUUCAUGUGUGCUGGGGGUGAGGAGGGCGAAGACGCGUGCACUGGGGACGGGGGAGGGCCUCUAGUUUGCCAAAUGGCUGGAACUGAGCGGUUCCAACAAGUGGGGAUCGUUUCGUGGGGGCUGGGGUGCGCCACCAAGGAUGUACCAGGGGCUUAUGCGGACGUCGCGUUUUUGCGAAACUGGAUUGAUAAAAAAAUGAUCGGUACUAGCGGACGUCCUUAUGUUGUGUAGAUUUUUUAUUAUUAAUAAACAAAUAAGUCAAUUAGUGUGAA